CAUAUUGUCAUGAUCGUUAAGUAGUACUACAAACGUUUUAACGUUGUGUGAACAUUUCUCAUAAUCACUUCAUUCUGGCCACGGCGAUAAACUAAUACAAACACUGUGUUCCUCUCCUCUGGUGUGACUUUUAUAUUUCACGCCUCAACGAUUUAUUACAGCAGCGCCGGAGAUCGCGCACACACACUAUGCACACAGUAUCGUCGCAAAUCAGCAGUGUUUUUGUAUUAUGCCAACAAUAUAUUUUGCGGGUAAAUAAUUUUCUUCAUGUGAAUGGAGGACACCAAGCAUAACCGGGUACAUCCGGCGUUGGUGCGCUUUGAGACGAUCCCCAGUUUCGACACGGACGAGAGUGCGGAGGGGUCGCCGGAAAAUGUGCCGGUUAAGGUCAUCGACGGUACGACAUCGCCCAUGUCCAACGGGAGUUAUGGCGGCGGCACGUCGCCGGUCAGCGCGGUGAAUUAUAAUGUCGAUACGCAGACGCUGAGUCUGCUGGAGCAGACGCAGAUCGAGAAUGGGGCGGAUGAGCGGACGCGGCUGCAUCAGCGGCGCCGGUCGGGAGGGGCGCCGGAAGAUGGUCGCGAGACGUGGACCAGUGGGAUGGACUUCUUGCUCAGUAUUAUCGGGUUUGCCGUGGAUCUCGCUGCCGUGUGGCGGUUCCCUUAUUAUGCCUACAAGAAUGGAGGCGGUAUCUUCCUAAUACCAUAUUUUACGAUGUUAUUUAUUGGAGCAGUGCCCUUAUUAUAUCUGGAAUUAAUUAUCGGACAAUACAAUCGUCAGGGCCCGGUCAGUGUGUGGCCAUUACUGGUGCCAAUAUUUCAAGGAAUCGGUUUUUGUGCCAUAUUGGUGUCUUUUUACGUUUCCUUCUAUUAUAAUAAUAUAUUAGCAUGGUCAUUCUUCUAUUUAUUCGCCUCGCUCAACACCGAACUGCCCUGGUCAACGUGCGGCAACCAGACCUGGGUGACGCCCCUGUGCAAUGACAACGACACCGUUCCACAUUACGGAAAUGCUUCCGUCAGAAAUCUUUCCCGUUCACCGGCACAAGAAUAUUUCGAGAAUCAUGUUCUGGGCCUGCAUAGCGAAUCCGGCUUCGACAACAUCGGCUGGCCCCGAUGGCAGCUGGUACUGUGUCUGGCGUUGACCUAUCUGCUCCUCUUCCUGGCCAUGUUCAAGGGCGUCAAGAGCAGCGGCAAGGUAGUGUGGGUCACGGCCAUAGCGCCUUACGUUAUUUUGCUCAUCCUAUUCCUACGCGGCAUCUUCCUCCCGGGAGCUCUCACCGGCAUCCAGUUCUACAUGACGUUUGAUUUUAAACGACUGUUGGAUGCCCAGUUGUGGAUCGACGCGGCCGUGCAGGUUUUCUAUUCGACAGGCGCCGGUUUCGGCGUCCACCUGGCCCUGUCCAGCUACAACCAGUUCCAUCACAACUCCCAACGCGACUGCCUGAUAACGGUGGCCGCCAACGCGGCCGCCAGCCUGUUCUCCGGCUUCGUCGUCUUCACCUACUUGGGCUACAUGGCCAACAAGCAGAACCUCCUCAUCGAUCAUGUGGCCAAAGCCGGUCCCGGGCUGGUUUUUCAAGUCUAUCCGGAAGCCAUCGCCACGUUGCCGGGUGCGCCGCUGUGGUCGGUGCUGUUUUUUAUCAUGUUAUUAACGCUCGGGAUGGACAGUUCGAUGGGCGGCAUGGAGGCCAUCCUCACCGGCAUGCUGGAUUAUUUCCAUAAUUUCUUCCGUCGCUUCCGCUACGGCCGGGAAGGAUUUACGGCAUUUGUAUGCGGCCUGUCCUUCCUCAUCGGUCUAAUCAACUGCACACCCGCCGGCAUAUACACGUUCCAAUGGUUCGACACCUUCUCAGCCGGCGUCUCCCUGCUCUUCGUGGCCUUCUUCGAAGCCAUCGCCGUCGCGUGGUUCUACGGCAUGACGCAGCUGCAGUCCGACAUCCAGGAGAUGUUGGGCCGGCCACCGGGAUGGUUCUGGCGGGUGUGCUGGAAGAUACUGACGCCGGUGUUUCUGCUGGUGGUCAUUGUGCUGGCCGCGGCCACUUUUCCGGCAUUGAAAUACGAUAACUACAUCUAUCCCGGCUGGGCCACGCCGGCCGGCUGGGUGUUCAGUCUGUCCAGUACGCUGCUCAUCCCGGCGGUGGGUGUGUACAAGGUGGCCCGGACACCGGGGACAUGGCGGCAAAAGAUUGCUCUGAACAUCUCACCGGCACGUGAUCAGCAGGAGAUUAUUAAGAAGAACUACGUCAAGCGAUUUAAGCGGAAGCACUGGUUUCAAAUAUGAUCACUGAAUGCGCGCUUCACCGCCCGUGAUGUUGUGACAAAGCAUUCCUGGGAUCGGCUAGCCGGAAGUUGUCAGGGAGGAUUGUUUGUUUCUGCAACGGGUUUUGUAUUGCUAUAGAACGAUAUGACGUAGAGCACGGGCUACGAGUGCACACGAAAAAGCGACAGUUUUGUUGUCAGAAUUUAACUUUAACGCAUUGAAUCUUCAUUAGACAGUUUUUGAUCUUUUAUUCUUCUGUGACAGUAUUGUUGCGUAGUUAAUAAUUUUUAAAUCCGCACAUUUUUAUCAUAGUAAAAUGUGUCAGGUAUAAAGCAUUGGCGUCUG